AUGGGUAACGGUACUAAAAUUCUCGCUACUGGCGCAAUUGCGGCAGGUGGUCUCUACUACUAUGACCAGAACGUGCAACCAAUCUUCUCCCGUAGAAAGGUUCCCCCUGCUCCUAAUUCCACCUACACCUCAACUUACGGUAAGCAGGCUGAUCCAUUCGAAGAGAGAACGAAUGAACUUGACCUGCGUGUGUCGACAUACAAGACACCUCAGCAAAAGAAGAUUUCUCAAAAGGCUGAAAAUGCCUAUGAUUCGAUCAAGCACUCUUCGUUGGUCAACAAGUUGUCAUCCAAAUCGGACGAAUUGGAGAACAAAUUGGACGACCACAACAAGAACGCGUUGGUUCGUCUUGGCGACAAGUACAUUGACUUGGUCAACAAGGUGAGUGGCGAUGGUCCCAUCUCCGAGCGUGAGUUGCGUGAACGUGCCAACAGACUCCAGGCGAGAGCCGACAGGGAGGCUUCUUCAUGGUUCAAUUGGUUCGGAGCCAAGAAGGACGAGGCCGGCGACAGAUUGGAUGACGCCAGAAAGCACGCCGAAAGAGAAAAGAAGUCGUGGUUCUCGUGGGGUGAGAAGAAGGCUGACGAGGCUUCCGACAAGGUUGAGGCCAAAAAGAAUGAGUUGUCCAAGGAGGCUUCAUCAUGGUCUUCUUGGGGCCAGAGAAAGAAGGACGAGGCUGCCAACAAGUUAGAUAAGGAAGCAUCGUCGUGGUCUUCUUGGGGCGAAAAGAAGAAGGAUGAAGCUGCCGACAAGUUAGACAAGGAAGCAUCGUCAUGGUCAUCUUGGGGCUCGAAGAAGAAGAACGAGGCCGAAAGAGAAGUCGACCGCACCAAGAAGGACUGGGCUGACAGUGUUGAAGACACCAAGAGAGCUGCUGAGGAACGUUACAAUGCGUCCAAGGAUGCUUUGUCUAGCACCUACAACCAGGAGAAGCAAAGAGCCAUUGACCAGUACAACAGAUCAAAGAAUGCAUUGGACGACUUGACCCAAUCUUUCGCCGACAAGACACAUGCACUUUUCAAGACGCCUGAACCUGAAAAGGAGGAGAAGUUGCGUCGUGCUCGUGCUGACUUGAAGAGCUCUCUUCAAAACUUGAAGUCGUACGGCGGCGAUGUCAUUGACGAUGUCACUUCCAAGUUCAAGUAG